CUCAAAUGCACGGAGUCAUUUGUCUUGUAACUUUUUUCUUUUAAACGUUCACUGUUCGUACGAUGCCGAACUAAUGCGUUAAUUAAAUAAAGAGCAAUGCGUGGCGGUCCGCUUCAACCCCUCGCUAAGAGCGCGGUGGUAAUCUUACCAGGCAUUGCCUAACAUGAGGCGAAGUUGGCGAUUGAUUAGCUCUGCCUUGCCCGUGCUCAAGAGAAAAAUGGCAUCUUAUUCUUAAAUUAUAUUUCUGACCGCCCUGUGACACCAUACCUGUUUUUCUGCGGGGAUGUUACACGGUCACGGUGCAGCGCGGCAAGGUUAGCUGCAAUGGCUGACGCGGGCAGUUAGUGGGGCAGUUAGUGGCGCAGCAGCGGGUCACGGGUGCGCUUGGGUGAGUCAAGUCAUUGCCGCGAGGUGACCGGACGCGUGCGCGCGCCGUGACAUGAUGGUGAUGCAGCCCGCCGUCGUCGUCGUCCUUCGUCCCUUUCUUUCUUUCUUUCCUCUUUUUUUGUGUCUGUGAAGCCCGACUCGUCAGGUAGAGACACCCUAAGUGACAGCCACCCCCCUCGCCCGCCGAAACGUUUCGCUUUGGUGAAAUUCGAAAAGGAAAAACUGUAGUGUUCCUGUCAGGACUGCGCACGAAAAAAAAAAGCCUUUUCGACUCGAAAAGACGCAACAUUUCGAGUUUACAGGGAAUACACAUAUAAAACACACCGAUCUGUUACAGUACUAUGCUGCGGGGACUGUAGUGAAAGUAAAAAAAAAAAAAUAAUAAUUUUUAGGUUAAUGUAAACAGCACCUUGGGUAAGCGCUGCUCACACACGUGUGUGCUUGGCUGCUGUACACUUUCAGCUGAUACUGACUGUACUACAGUAUGUAGACAGCAGUACCUCACCUUUUAGCUUUUGCAAAUGAAAAUGGAGGAAAUGUCUCUGUUGGGCCUGGACAACACCAAGCUAGAGUCCAUAGCUCACGAGAUCUACUCGGAUCUGGUGGAAGAUGCUUGCCUGGGCCUGUGCUUUGAGGUGCACCGCGCUGUCAAACAGGGUUACUUUUUCCUUGAUGAGACUGACAUUGAGAGUAUGAAGGACUUUGAAAUCGUGGACCAGCCAGGGGUGGACAUCUUUGGUGAGGUGUACAACCAGUGGAAGAAUAAGGAGUGUGUGUGUCCCAACUGCAGCCGCAGCAUAGCUGCGUCCCGCUUUGCCCCGCACCUCGAGAAGUGCCUGGGCAUGGGCCGCAACAGCAGCCGCAUCGCCAACCGCAGAAUAGCCAGUAGCAACAAUGUGAACAAAUCAGAAAGUGAUCAGGAGGACAACGAUGACCUGAAUGACAAUGACUGGUCGUACGGCUCAGAGAAGAGAGCCAAGAAGAGAAAGUCAGACAAGAAUCCAAAUUCACCCCGAAGAUCAAAGUCACUGAAGCAUAAAAAUGGGGAACUUGGCAGUAAUGUAAACACAGAUACAUUUAAGUACAACUAUAACUCUGGCAUCUACUAUGAAACUUUGGGACCGGAGGAACUUCGAUCGUUGUUAACGACGCAUUGUGGAGUGAUAUCAGAGCAUACCAAGAGAAUGUGUACACGGUCUCUGAGAUGCCCACAGCACACAGAUGAACAGAGGAGGACCGUUCGAGUGUUCCUCCUGGGGCCAUCUGCGUUAACGUUGCCAGAGGGUGACGCAGUGGUGGAGAACGGCAGCUAUGAGACUUCUGAUGGGCCAGUGCUCGUGAGCCGCUUGCAGUGGGAUGGGUCCUCUGAUAUUUCCCCUUCAGAUUCUGGCUCUUCCAAAGCAAGCACCAACAAUUCAGAAACCAAGAAGCCCAAGAAGAAAAAGUCAUCAUUGACUGUGAACAGUGUCACAGGAGGCGUGGGGUAUGGUGAGGAAAGAGGCGGUGGAUUUAGCAACUUGCAAGGAGGCUUCGUUCCCUCUAACCGUAAGAAAAAAAACAAAAUUCCCACAGCUCCCCCCAGUAGUACCUAUGAUGAAAUGAACUAGCAUCUGCAUCUCCCUCCUUCAAUCCUCUUCUGCACAGUUAUUGUGCACCCUGUGGAUCUUUAAUGUUUGCAAACUCAGCGAUGGAAACAAGAAAGGCUCUGUAUCAGUGUUGGAUGUCAGAUGUGUAUAAUAGUAACUGAAAGUGUACGCCCACUCCUCCCAAAUCUCUUUUCUGCACCUGAAUUGAAGCGACAGUAGCUGUACACACUCACCGCAGAGCUCUGCCACUUGGCCAUUGGGCCCUGAAGCGUUCUAGCGUUGGACAAACAGAAGGGAAAGGAUCGUUACUGCAACUGUAGACUGUUUACUAUAACUCAGUCAUUUUGUGUGUGUGUGUGUGUGUACUCAAGAGUGUGAGCAUGUGCGGCAAGUCUGUGUGCUGUGUGUAAACCCCAGCAAUUUCAUUUCAGAACCCAGACCGUUUUGGCAUUUUUGACCCCAUGUCCUUACUUACUUUACUAAUUGUAUUGUAUCCACUGUAGGCAGUAUGUCCAGUGUUGCUAUUUAUUUGGACACUUGUGUAAGAAUUUGCGCUCCCUGUGGACUAGGGGACUAAGGCAGGACUUCUUGAACUGAAUCAUUUUCUUGCGUAGGCACAAGUUCAAUGGAAUCCUACAGGGUAUCAAGUGGCCAUCAUCCUGCUGAGGUGUGAAAUUGAGGACUUUCUUGGGGGUCUUUGCGGGUGGAAAAAGUACAGCGAUUCUGUAGCAGACUUUAAAAUCCUCAUUGUUUUCUGUACUUACGCUGAAGUGGAAGGAUUCCAUAAAAAUGAAGUGUCAGAUCAUUCCUCAGAAAUGCAAUAACCGCUGCUUCCUUUGUCCGUUGCAGUUCUACGCAUCUGACCAAUUUGAAAUCUUAAUACUGUUGAUCAUCUCGUUUAUUUAACUUAACCAAACUCUUGAAGUUGACAUUAUAAAAUAAUAUAGUAGAAAUUAUAUUACAUUUACUCAUAUCUGAUGUUUUUCUC